UGAUAAUCAGAAGGCACAACUGCCAAAGGUUCAAGUUCCCCUCUCCGAUGGCACCAAUGCCUCAGCAUGGGCGGACAAGUUUGAACAAUUGGGCAGUUGCUGCGAAUGGUCGAGUGAGAAGAUGCUUCAAAUGGUGAAGCGAUAUUGAAUGGUCGAGUACAAAGAGGAGGUGUCGGAGUUGGUACAAGCUUCGCACGACUGGUCGGACUUCAAGGCCAAAUUAUUGGACAAGUAUCAAUUGGGGGAUCAACUGCUUGAUCUGGCGGAUUUACGGAAGGUUAGUCGUCGGAAGUUUGGCACGGCCAAGCAGUUUCUUACGGAGUUUGAGCGGGUUGCGCGCUUAGUACCCGACCUUCCGGAUAAGGAUCGGUGCCUCAUCUUCCUUGAAAAUUUUUCGAAAGUUGAUCAGCGAGAACUGAUGAAGGAUAUGACCGGACGAUACGACUGGCCAAAGAUCAAGGAGGAUUUAUUGGCUGGAAGUUUCGACCAGAUGCUUUACCGUCUCCUGAAGCAGCAAAAGGAGGACCGUGAGAAGGAAGGGGUAAGCGCGGACAAGGAUCAAGCCGUUUACAAGAACCUGACUGACAAGCGGAACAUGAUGGCGGAUAUGAAGGAGGAAAGGCUAAAGCUACAGGUGAUGAUGGUCCAAACAAAGGGUGGAAAAAUGAAGGGAAAAACUCCCGUUGUGGAGGAGGUGAGUAGUAGCAGCAGCGAAGAGGAAAAUGAGGAGGAAGUGGAGCCCGCUCGAAAAUUGACCAAAGCAGAAUGGAAGGCCCUGAACCAGAUACGAGGAAGCCAGGGCACUAGUAAAAAGCAGCGGAAUAAUAAUAGAGGAGGUGGACAAGGAAGUGAUCAGGAACAGGCGGCGCAGACCCCUCCUCAGCAACCCCAACCUCAGGCAGGAGGCCGAGGCCGAGGUCGAGGUAGAGGACAAGGCAAUGGAGGAGGCCGCGGAAAUGGGGUCGGCCGAGGCAAUUGGCUAAAUUGGUUUUGCAAGUAUUGUGGCCAAGUUGGACAUGGGAUACGGUUUUGUCAGACCGUUACCAAAGAUGAAAACGAUAAGGUUAUAUAUACGAAUAUCCGAGGCGAGGUCUACGACUUCGAAGGGAAUCUCAUCGAUCCCAAUGUGGAGGAAGGAAUGAGAAAGGAAGCUUUCCGACGCAUGGGGCGAGAUCUUCCAGCAACCUUUCGACUGGCUUCUCCGGAAGAAGUCGAACAGAUUGAGCUGGAAGCGACGAUGGAGUCAUUGAAAAUUGAGGAUGCCAAGGCCGGAGAUGAAGGGUUGAGCAAAGAGCAGGAAGAGAUACUGCAAGACGGCCAAGGAGGUCUUACUGAUGGUACCGCAUCACAGUCUGGAUCGUCGUCGGCAGGGCGUUUGAUGACCACCACAAUCUUGUCCCGUCCUGCUUUCAAGCGACCUGCCACAGCUGGUCUCCCACAAACUCGGAGGGCUCGAAGGCCGUCGCGGCGAAGGGCAGCACCGGAAGAAGGGUCAAGUCAGCCUUGGGAAACCGAGACGAUUUCGAUUGAAGAAGACGAUGGCGAGGAGGAUGAAUUGCUGCGAGUCGAAGAUGAGAGGCAGGCCAAACAACGAGCCAUGGAGAGGGAGCCAGAAACGGGCAAGGCCGACGUUGGGGAAGGAGAAUUGAAGAAGAAGAAGCAAGUUUACACAAUUCCAGUGGAGCAAGGGCUAGAUAUUGAGCAGAUCGUGGACCGGAUUUUGGAGAGUCAGCGCGAUUUGUUCACGCUCAAGGAGUUCUUGGCCGCGUCGCCCAAAAUCCGAGAGGAGUUCAGACACCGACUGUCAAGGAAAAAGGUGCAAGUUGGGCCGUGCGAAUACUCGGCUCUCAUCGAYGAUGGGGCUGAAAUGAACAUCAUACGUGAAAGAGAAGUCAUGGGGGCAGGAGUGAACAUCAAUCGAGCGGAUACAGGAUUUCUGGUGGUUGCAAGUGGGAUAACUCCCUUUUGCGGAACAGCGAGUGACGUGACGGUACAGUUCGCCGCAAGGGUGGAGCACCUACUGAAGUUGGUGCGUAAAAAUCAGGAAUGGGAAUGGGGUCCAAAGCAGCAGAUGGUUGUUGACGACAUCAAGGCACAAUUCCGAGGAGGAUUGAUCCUGGGGGUUCCGUGCUUUGACAAUGACCCGAAUCGGCCCUUUGUGGUUGAAACGGAUGCAGGCCCCACAGCAUUGGGUGGAGUCCUCAUCCAAAAGGAUGGAGAAGGGCGAGAAAGGCCAUUGAGAUUUGAAAGUCGAACGCUGAAUAAGGUGGAACGGAAGUAUUCCCAAUUUAAGAAGGAAACCCUUGCAGUGCUUCAUUGCUUCAGGAUCUUCCGAAACUACGUAUGUGGAAAACGGUUCGUCCUGCGGGUUGAUCCGACCUCCCUUGCGCAGUCAUUGAAGAAUUAUUCUCCCUCGGAUCCAACUAUUGCUGGAUGGUUGAUCUAUAUCUGCAUGUUCGAUUUGGAGAUAGAGCGUAUUGUGGGAACACAAAAUCGAGCCGACGGACUGAGUCGGAUCGAGUGGGACUCCUCGAAAGAUCAGGCAGAAGACUCGGUCCCUGUGGAUGGGUUUCUGGAGGCGGACGAGCAGCGAUUAAGUAUCAAUGUUUGGGGAUACAUCAGUAAUGCGUCGUCCCGACCUGGAAAGUCUAUCUGGAGUUCGUCGAGUUAUUAUCAAAAGUGUGCAGAGCUGGUGAUGAGGGAACCCUUUUUUGAGGAGGAUCCUUGGGGUGAACGGUCUGCUGAGCGGAUGAUGAGGUUGGCGUUGUCUGACCCAGUACAACUUUCGGAAGAACCUCUUACGAUUGAAGGGGGGCAUGAGCAAGGCGACGAAGUCCUCAAGAUUUUUGGGGGAAUGGUGUUUCUUGUUAAUUCGUUGAUACAGGAAGAUCACGGCUGUGGGGAAGCCGUGGCCUUGAGGUUGCUGCUGGUUUUCUAGGAAGGUAGGUUGGGAGGUGCAUGUGAGAAGGAAUCAACAUUGCUUGCUUAA